AUGUUGGCAGAAGGCAUCUUAACUGGACUUGUGUAUAAGGAAAGCUGUCAUCAAGAUAAGCCUCGCAAAUCUCAUGCAUCCACAAAGGAUAAAGAGGGAAUCUGGAGACAGAAACUUGUCGACAACCCAAAAAUUAAAGGCUUUGCUGAUGGACAUGAGAAGCCUGAUGAGAUCUCUGCUAAAAGUAGCAAAAUGGAACGUGGGAGCAGUCCUCAGUGGAGACCCAUAGAAGAGGUACCUGCAGAAGAUCAGAAAACACUUGUUAAAGGAACCGUGUCACCACCUUUACAUAUCCCCAGAAGAGAACAACAUCCUGAACAGAUGGAUUUGUAUAGAUCCUGGUCAUGCAACAGCAUUUAUCAAAACUACCCUGACUUACACAUUGGGGGAGACCGUGUGGGGGACCAUACAUGUGAUUCAGGUUGUGUUUUGGACCAUGUGUGUGAUGAACUUCCCGAUGGCCCUGUUUUACUGUCCAUAGAUAUUCCUCUAGGUCAGUCCCCUCCAUGGGAGCAUCCCAAAAAGCCAAGUAUGAAGUCCCUGCCUGGCGAUGACGCUGGAGAAAGGAGUAUCGUGCUUUGUGAGGAGCCUCUUUCAAACUCCGUGCUCAACAAGUACAUGGAAACAAAAGUGGCGGAGCUCUAUAAACAGUUCUUUGAAGAAAACUUGACCAGGUGUGGUUCUGUAACAAACCUCCUCACCUGCAGUUUGAUAAGGAAUAACCUGAAUCAGAUAAGCUUUCAGAUAUCCCAGGAGCAGAAUAUGGAAACGUCGAAAGCCAGAGAAGUGCUCUUGCACUCUUUAGCUCUGUUUAGUUUGUGCAACACUACCAAUAGGUAUAGCUCUGAAUUUAGUACUCCAAGCUUACAAAUCUCAAACCCAAUAUGCGUGAAGAAGAACUGCAGGAUGCAGUUCACCUCAUGA